GGGAAGUAGUUCCGGCGCCAAGCGCGGAGCGUUUCCUAUUGUUAGUUCAGCGUCUCCCGUUGCCUGGGAGAUACAGCAGCGCCGCCUGCGGGGGAGAAUCCUCUGACGUCAAGGGACUCUCGGUGCAGCCAGUUUGAGGGACUAUUUGUUUUCUCUGGUGGGGGGAAGCCAGGCGCAGGGUUACAUCGAGAGCUCCCACUGGAGGGUGGGUGCUGCGACAGGGAGCGGGAUGGACCUGAUGGAGCGCAAGGGGGCGCUGAGCCUGUGCUCAGGCUGCACGCGGUACAGCAACGCCACCCUCCUGCUGCCCAGCCUUCAAGACAAAGAGGCUGAACCUAAGGAUUAUAAUAUAAACCAAGUUCCUUUGGGUUCAAAGAAUUUAUGUCGAUCUACUUACUGGAGACUUGGAAAUAUCGAUGAAGUGUGGGUCACUACAUAUCAGGAUCAUUUGUCUCAACCCUUUACAAAUAAAGAAUAUAAGGAAAUGAAGAUUUAUAAAUCCAUGCUAAAUGAAGAUAACUUUGAAGACGGUGUUAUUGACAGGGAGACUGGACUACCCCAAACAGGCAUGGGAGCCGUAUUACCAAGACACUCUCCAGACCACUUUAAAAUGGAUCUAGAUACAACAUACCAUAUAGAAUACAUUCCUCCAUAUGACUAUACACCAUAUGUUGGAGUCCAACCAGAUGGUUAUUCUGUAGUUCAUAGAAAAUGUCAUUCUCAGUUUACUGACACAGCAGAUUACAGAAGACAUGGCAUCAACACUUGGCAAAAUGAGAGUGGGAUUUAUGCCAAUGCAGCUAUAAAGCAGAAGUUCUUCCCAGUAACUAAUCCUAUACCUUCAAAUGUACUUGAUUCCUAACAAACCCAAGUAACUGAAUCUGAAAAAGAAAUUCUGCA